GUUUUUCAAUGUUCAAUGUUCAUUCAAUGUUUUACAAUUGUUGUCCAAGCACGUUGUACAAACUCAAACCCCUGCGUUCUUUGACUGCAGGAGGUCACUCGAGCCAUGGGAAACUUUUACUCGGUGUUUACACGACCCAUCCGCACGUUUAAUAUCGCAAAUCGCGCGGAGAAAAUCAUUUCUCGAGAAAAGCCGAUACCCGCGCCUCAAUAUGCAGCCGCGGAUAAGCAAAGGAAGCUCACGGACGAAGUAAAUCCACACUUCCUGGAAGAGCAUUACAAGAAAAACAUACAACUGGAUCAACGACUGAAAGAUGUUUUCGUUACAUCAAAAGACCCGCAGGAGAUAAAUGAGCCAAAAGAAGAGACGAAAGAAUCCAAGCCUUUACCUCGGAAUAGAUACAUCGGGGAGAAUAAAUUUAUGUAUGAGCCUUACGAAUCUACAGUGAUCCCCGAGGGAAAAUGCUCAUUGAAACAGGCUCUCACAUUUCUUUUGCAACAUAAACAGGAUCCAGUAACACAUAAUAGUGAAAAUAUAGCUUCCGAAUAUAAAAUAGAUAAGAAAGUAGUAGACGAUAUAUUGAAAUAUUUUAAACUUUACGUAACUGUCGCUGUCGGGACAAACAGUCCACAACCAAUAACAGAUCCAAUUCAAGAAAUAAUCGACCACAACAGGAUGGAGAUCGAAAAGAGCAAAAAGAAAAAAAAGAAGGAAGACAUGAAAAAGGAGGAGGAGACGUGAAAAAGAAUAAGCUCAACGAUUAAAUCGUAUACGAAAGCAUAAAUUGUUCGAAUAUCUCUUACUUGCUACAACGUGAUAAAUGGCAACGAUCACAACUA